AUGGCAGGACAUGAGCCAGAGCUGACGACGGAGCAGUGGCGGGCUGACUUCAUCACUAGGCGAGUUCAUCGCGGCCUGCAGCGACUGGUUGGGGAGCUCGGCAUAAGCGAUGAGGAGCUUCGCCAGCUGGGUGACACCCACUUCAAGGACCAGGCAGCGUUUCUGCAGACAACGUUCCCCAACCUGCCGGCGUUGGGACAGCUUUCCGAAGUUCGGGAGCGCCUGCGGCGAAGAGGGCAGGAUUGUGGGCUCGAUGCGCUUACCGUGUCGACCUGGCAGGAGGAGGCUUGCGAGGACAAGCUUUUCGAAGAGGAGGAGGACCCCUACUGGUGGCGAGAGUGUCCUGAGUCGCUAUGCUUCGACCUGUCAUGCACUGCGGAGGAGAAUCUGACUGCGGGGGCUCCACCCACUUUGCAAUGGUGGGACGCGGAGAAGGUUGCCGAGUCUGGCGCAUUCAUCGCCAUUACCAAGCCAGCGGGCAUGUUUGUGGUCACAGACGAGCGCGGCUUGUGGGAGGAGUCGCCAACAAACUUCAUCCACGUUGCGCACAGGAGGAUCGACAUGCUACCAGCUGGAGCCUCGCCAGCGCGGGUCUUGCAGCAGCAGCGCCAUGUCAUGGUCUCGCAGAGUCUCGCAUUUGAAAGCAAGUCUUGGGCAGCCUUUCGCCACUUCGUCUGCCAGAACAGCGGCUUGGACAAUGUUGGCUUUGCCUUGUGUAGUGGAUGUGCCGAUGAAGAAGUGGCAGGCUGCAAAGAGUCACAGGGCUCUCCGGCCGUGACGUGGUAUUCGGCUCUUAGGCAUUACUGUGUGCCGGCCACUGGGCGGCUUGCAUUCUGGGGCCGUGACCGCUGGUUCACCCUGGUCCAACUGAAGAUCUUGACAGGACGAACACAUCAGAUCAGACUGCACAUGGCGUUUCUGGGCCACCCGCCACUUGCUGGCGACACCCGACAGCCUGAGGCCCGCCGACGGCUCCUCGAGGAGAUCCGGGGAGGCCCGGCGUCGUCGGUCGCUUAUGGCGCCCUGCGAAACGCCCCAUGUGCGCUGCGAGGCGAUCGGGAGGUGGUGCUGGCGGCGGUGGCGCGGGAUGGCUCUGCCCUUCAGUUCGCCGCCGAUGCGCUGAAGGGGGACCGGGAGGUGGUGCUGGCGGCCGUGGAGCAUGACGGCUGGGCCCUCGAGUUCGCCACCGAUGCGCUGAAGGGGGACCGGGAGGUGGUGCGGGCGGCGGUGGAGCAGGACGGCUGGGCCCUCGAGUUUGCCGCCGAUGAGAUGAGGGGGGACCGGGAGGUGGUGCUGGCGGCGGUGAAGCAGAGCGGCAGGGCAUUCAAGCACGCCGCCGACGCGCUGAGGGAGGACAGGGACUUCGUGCUGGCGGCGGUGAAGGAGGACGGCACGGCCCUCAGCUUCGCGUCCGAAGAGCUGCGGGCGGACCGGAGCUUCCUGCUGGAAGCGGUGGAGGCCACGUGUGCCUGGUGGCUGGUGAAUCUCGCAGCCGAGGAGCUCCGAGCAGACGAGGGCUUCGCAGAUCGGUGCAAGGCUGCCGCGGGCACCGGGCUGGUUUUCACCUACUACGACAGCUACAGCUGCUCCGAUAACAUGCGCCGCUGCUUCCCCACGGCCGGCGCGUCCGUCCCGGGGGGCGCGGCCUACGAGCGCGUGAUGAAGGAGCUGAAGAGUGCCAGCCACGGCGGCACGGCGACUGUGUGGUUCGAUGAGCAACCUGUGUUUGGACACGGCGCCGACAAUGGCAACUGGAGCCACCCCAGCAGCGACUGCGGCCGGGACAGGGUGCCCGUGCCGCCAAUGGAGGCCCGUGACGCCAAAUGGCUCUCGACGGUGGACUCCAGAAGCACCUCCCUCGAGCCAGAAGUUGGCAAAGCGUACCCGUGCUGGUGCUGCCACUGGCUCAGGGAGGUGCGCAAGCACCACCAGGCAGGUGAGGUCAUCUGCUGUGCCGUGUCGAACAUUUACGACAGAGCUUGGGUGGAGGAUUUUGGGGCCGGCUCCUCUGAGCUUGCGGAUGCAGAUGCCGAAAAAUUUGGCCUUCCGCAGGAACACUUCAAGCACGGGAAGCCGGCCAGCUGGGGAGAAGGCACAAUCUGCAUCUCCGGCGAAACCUACCAGCGCCGUGCGCCCGUUCACCCCCGGACGGCCAAGCCGCUGGGGCUGGGCUGCCGCUGGGAGCGGCAGGCCUUGGAUGGUAUGGAGUUUCCCGUGUACGCCUUCUUCAUGCCGUGA